AUCCUAUGUAGACCCAGUCUUCGCGAGUGCUGACACUGCUGACACGCGAAUUCGAGAAGGAUGUGAAAAAGGGAGAGGACGUCGGCCGCCAAACUGGAGUCCGCCUCGCCGAAAGACGCCGAAAGAUGCGGGCCGACCAAUCGGGACGAGGAAUCGAAGGAGACCGCAGCGAGUUGAAUCGCGGUCGCGAGAGAAACGAGGCGGCGGGGCGGCAGGAUAUCCGCGAAUAAAUAGUCGGAUAGCGCGCAGCGUCGAUGUCGCGCGCACGCACACGGCACCGCGCUGCGUCAUUCCGCGGUCUCGUCCUGGCUUGACCAUUUAAACCGCGAUUUAAACCAGCGCGCCCGAGCGAGUCUCGCCCCUCGCCGUUCGAAGCUAACCUUGAUCGGCCCCGCGCUCCGUUCGCGGUCGAAUCUUGACGAGACGACGGAUUCUCGCCGCGAUGGACGAGGACGCGGAUCGACCGAGUAAAUGCGUCAAGCAUUCGCUGAAAACGGCGCCGAAAUCAAACGUGCUGGAAUGCCGCGUCUGCGAGGAGGUUUUCACGGUGGACGGCGUGAAGGUGCCACGUUUGUUGCACUGCGGGCAUACGGUGUGCCACUCGUGCCUGUUGCGGUUGAGGACUUGCAUGUCGGAGCAGCAGUUCCUGCUGUGCCCCUUCGACCGACAGCCCACCGCCGUUCACGAGAACAGCGUCUACAGCCUGAAGAAGAACUUUGCGCUCAUCGAGCUGCUCGAGCGACUGGAGCAGUCCAGCAGCCAGAAGACGCUGGUGCUGGAGCGCGAGAGGCUCCAGUCGAAUCUGUCCUGCGACGAGGAUGAGGCGCACACCGCGGUCCUCUACUGCACCGUCUGCGCCACGCAUCUAUGCGAGACCUGCGACACCGCCACGCACUCGUCCAAGACGCUGGGCAAGCACAGGCGCGUGCCGCUGUCGGAGAAGCCGCGCGAGAAGCCCCGCUGUCCGAUACACACGGCGCACGUGGCCGAGUUCACGUGUACCCAGGAGGGCUGCCACAACUCGUUGAUGUGCUACUUGUGCAAGGAAUACGGCAAACACAGUACACACAAGCCAGCGUUGGUCGAGGAAGAAGCCGAGAACAUCAGGAAGUCCAUUAUCGCGGCACUGCAGAAGAUGACGCAGUUUAUGGAGAGCAUGAGAGAUACCGCGCAUAAGAUAGAAAUAGUAAUCGAGGAGUUGGACGGUUGGGCGAUCGAGGAUGCGAGGAGGAGGGUACGGUAUCAUUUUGAGGAAUUACGCGCUGUCCUGGCCGAGCAGGAGAAAACCGCGAUGGCGUAUAUCGAGACGGAGACUCGCGGCAGACUUUGCGCGCUGAGGCAACAGCAGAAGGAUCUUACGACCACGAGGUCGCAAGUGGCCGGUGUGUGUAUCCAGUGCGAAAGUAUUCUUGAUUCCGAGGACUGGAAGUUGCUGAGCAGCUCGGAAAAAGUCAAGGAAGUGCUGGCGACAUUGGAGCAACAACAGCAACAUUAUGCGCAAUUAGGACCAGACUUUCUCAGUCCCGAGUCCUCCAUUCCCAUUAUAUUUAGCAGGGAUAACAGGAUACACAUUGGAACGAAGAUCGAUAUGCGCGUAGUGAUUCUGGGACUAGACGGUGCGGGAAAAACGAGCAUUUUAUCCGCCAUGCGAGGUGUCACGCUGCCAAGCCCACCGAUUCCCACUAUCGGUUUCAACGUCGAAAGCUUGGAAUACAUGAAUCUCGUAUUCACUCUCUGGGACGUCAGCGGCCAUCAGAAGUUCAGGCCACUGUGGAAGCAUUACUACCACAACACGCAAGCCAUUAUUUUCGUGGUUGACGCUAGCGACAGGUCUCGCUUUGAAGAGGCGCGAAAAGAAUUGUCAAAGAUACUUUAUGAACGAGAACUGAAGGACGCUCUACUUUUAAUCUACGCUAAUAAACAGGACGUUCCUGGCUGUGCGAGUGUGGAGGAGCUGGUCGAGAUAUUCGGCUUGCAUAAGCUUUGUUGUGCGAGAAUAUGGCACAUUCAGGGCUCGUCAUUAGUUAGCAACGCCAGCGGUACGUUGCAAGGUCUCGACUGGCUUUCGACGCAAUGCGUAUAGAAUUUCCUUUCUUUUAUAAAAUUAUUUAUGUAUGGAAAACGCCGAGAAGAACACGUUUCACGCUAAUUAGUGGCGACUUCCUCACAAGGACGAAGGAGACUGAAGUUUUAGAUAGGUAGAUAAAAAUCACGCAAAAUAUAAGUAUUCGCAUGUGUGGUCGACGUCGAAAACGAUGUUUUCUAGCUAUUCCGACGAAACAAAUUCUGUUGGAUGUCGCCCGUAUCCGAAAAAUUAAGUUACAAAGCAGUGUCUCGACCUUUUCGACGUCGACCAUACUUCAUCUUUUUUUGUUAUUUAUAAAUCUUGAUUUUUAUUCGCUCCGUGAGCGAAUGUGAGUGUCAACGCAAGUGACAAAUCUAUUAUAUCGUCGCAGAUCUGUUAGCUCGUGGCAGUCCACGAGAUAAACUUAGUCUAUUAAGUCACGCUAUACCAAAAAUGAAACAAGUAAUUGGUAGGCCAUGAGAUGGUCGUCUCGGAGAAGUGACGUCAGUUUAUUUUCCGAUAUAAAAAUGGAGUUACAAGAUUAACCAUUAUUCGAACAUGAUAUAAUAAAAUAGCGUGUAUAUGCAUCUAUAUACAUAUACAAUGGUAAUUGGAAGCUAUUUGCACAAUCGAUUCAUACACAUUGAUUCGCUACAAAUGAUGAAAAUGGAUCAGCAACAGGAUUGGGUUUCGCGUUCGAUCGAGGUGAGCGCUUGAGGCCCCGCGAAAAUAAACGCCUGAGCACAUCUA